ACAGGAAAUAUAUUAUUUUCAAAUUUCAUAAACAAUUUUAGUAACUGUGUAUUAAUUUCAGAUAUGGGAUUAUGUGGUGAAGUUGAUAAUAUAGAUGAAACAAAAAUUUAUGGAGUUAUGCCUUAUAUGGCUCCUGAAGUAUUAAGAGGAAAUCCUUAUACUCAAGCAGCAGAUAUCUAUAGUUUUGGGAUGAUAAUGUAUUUUGUAGCAACUGGAAAACAACCCUUUGGCAAUCGUGCACAUGAUUAUGAUUUGGCAUUAGAUAUUUGCAAAGGAGCUAACCCUGAAAUAAGUGAGCCAGAAGCACCAAGUAAUUAUAUUGAUUUAAUGAAAAAGUGUUGGGAUUUAGACAAAAAUAAUAGACCUGAUGUUUUUGAGGUAAAUAAAUUAAUUACAUCAUUUCAUGAGUUAUAUGGGGAGGAUUUUUUUAUUGUAGAAAAUGAAGAAAUUGAAAUACAGUUUAAGAAAGCAGAAGAAUAUAGAAAAGCAAAUCUUUCAUCCACUGAAAAUUACCAAAUAGUUACCCAUCCGCAAGCUAUUUAUACAUCUCGAUUACUUAAUCCUAUUACAAAAGAUCUUCCAAAAAAUAAUGAUGAUUAUAAUUCUCAAUCUUUGGAUUAUUGUGCACUUCCAAUUAGUUUCAAAUGAUAUAUAAUAAAGUAUAGUAGAAUAAUAAAUUCUGAUUAAUAUUUGACAUAUAUUGUAUGAAUAACUACUAUUUUAUAGAAAUUUAUAAUUAUAUAUAGUUUUGUUCAAGACUAUGUAUGGAUAUGUAAAUUUUUUUUUUGCACGAAUAAAUCAGUUU